AUGACUCGUGAGCGCACACCUGACUAUGUUUGGGCCUUGGAGUGCAUGAAAUCUCUACUUGCUGACCCUGCCCGAUUACCUGGAGUGAUUGUGACUGAUAGGGAAUUGGCUUUACUCAGUGCUGUUCGGAAUAUUUUUCCUGAGGCUACCCAUUUACUAUGCCUAUUCCACAUAAACAAGAAUGUUGAGGCAAAGUGCAAAUUGUGGGUUGACACAACGGAUUUUAAAGCCUUAGUGAUGCAAAAGUGGAAUGAAGUGGUAUAUGCGGAAACAGCUACACAAUUUGAGGAGGAAUGGAGCGACAUGUGUGAUAUGUGUAAGGAUCAUCCAAGGUUCACAUCGUACAUUUAUGACACUUGGUUGGUUCACAAGGAGAAAUUUGUGAAGGCAUGGACAAACAGAGUGAAGCAUUUUGGAACGACAACAAGUAACAGGGCUGAAAGUGCACAUGCAAGCUUGAAGAAGAUGCUUAGGAACGGCAAGGGUAACUUGUGCGAUUCAUGGGAAGCAAUUGAUAGGUUGACCAUUGUACGCCACAAUGCAAUACAAGCAUCGUUUGAGCGCAGUAUUAACAUUGUAGAGCACUGUUUCAAGUCUCCAAUGUAUAAGAAUAUGAGAGGAUUCGUUGCUAAACAUGCACUUCACCUAAUGUAUGAUGAACAAAACAGAUUUUGGGGUCAUAGUGAGAAAUGCGGUUGCGUGAUGAAAGUCACUCAUGGACUACCUUGCGCUUGUGCACUUCAGAGUAUGGCCUCAAUUCCGUAUGCAGCAGUUGAUCCAUUCUGGAAGAUACUUUCUUGGGAACAAGUGCCUGUUGUGGAGAGUCAAACCUCAAACAGUGGAUGCAUGCCGCUAGAGAUUGAGGCUUUGUGGGCUCAUUUCAAUACCUUGGAUGAUGCGGGCCAAAGUAUGCUGAGAAGGAAGCUUAAAGAGCUUUAUUGUCCUCAAAUCAGUUCAUUGUGUCCUCCUGAAGUGAAGAUAAAGCACAAUCAAUCGUCCAAGGAGAGGAAAACCAAACCUCCCAGAGGUCAAUCAAUAGGAUCCACCCAGCGUGACCUUUCACAUUGGGAACUUGUUGACAAUCAGACCAAAGAACAAGAAGCGAAAGCUAGCAAGAGGAAACCUAGGCUCACCAAAACUCCUAAAACAACUCCAACAUCGCAAGCUCCUAAGACAAAGAACAAGAAGGCUAUGACAGCCACCGGCUCCAAAAUCUACUUACCGGAGUUGUAA